UGUGCGGCGCACCACAGUCUCUGGCAGACACCUCCGUCGUUUCUCAUUGGCGUGGUCUUUUGUGGCAAACCGUGUUUCUCCAUUCGCUCCACAUUUUUGGAUUCCAAUACAUCAUUCACCAUGGGCAAAACGGACGAAGAGGAGAUAAUCAGAAUUGCGAGGAAGAUCGAUAAAAUGGCGCAGAAGAAAAACGGGGCUGGUGCCUUGGACUUACUGAAGGAGCUGCGCAGUAUCCCCAUGACUCUGGAGCUACUUCAAUCUACCAGAAUUGGAAUGUCCGUUAACGCCAUCCGCAAGCAAAGUACAGACGAUGAGGUGACAUCUCUAGCGAAGGCCUUGAUCAAGUCGUGGAAGAAGCUUUUGGAUGAACCUGGAGGUGGAGAGAAACCUACAGAUGAGAAGAGGAAAGAGCAAACAGCACCUGCUUCUCCCUCACAGGGAAGCCCAGAGCCAAAAGAAGAAAGCAGCUCUUGCAGUAACUCCAGCAACAAGAGCGAACCUGCAGAAGUCACACCCAACACGUUAAUCAACACUUUUCCUCGUGCCCCCAGCACCUCCGAUUCCAUCAGGCUCAAGUGCAGAGAGAUGCUGGCCAAUGCUCUGCAGACUGGCGAGGACUAUAUUGCUAUCGGUGCUGAUUGUGACGAACUUGGAGCACAGAUCGAGGAAUGUAUCUUCCAAGAGUUCAAGAACACAGACAUGAAGUAUAAGAAUCGUGUGCGGAGCAGAAUCUCAAAUCUGAAGGACAUGAAAAACCCCAAUCUGCGGAGGACUGUGUUAUGCGGGAGUGUAACACCUGAGCGGAUGGCCAAGAUGACUGCAGAGGAAAUGGCCAGCGAUGAGCUUAAGGAGAUGAGGAAGAAUCUGACCAAAGAGGCUGUCAGGGACCACCAAAUGGCCACCACCGGAGGCACUCAGACUGAUUUAUUCACCUGUGGCAAGUGCAAGGGGAAGUGCUGCACCUACACACAGGUUCAAACUCGCAGUGCUGAUGAGCCAAUGACCACAUUCGUCUUCUGCAAUGAGUGCGGAAAUAGGUGGAAGUUCUGCUGAGCCUGCAGUCGUCGUCCACGCCACUCUGACAAGUAGCAAAAUUCCCGGAUCAGGUUCUAUCUCUCUCUGCAACAGAUUGGAGCUUUGUAUUCCAUGAUACAUGGUACACUAUAUGCCAUACAAAGAUGCCACUGCAGUUACUGUUUGAAUAAAUUUCCUGUUCAUAGAUUGAGCUCAUUGUCGGUUUCCCCAACCCCAAAAUCUUUUAGUAUUUUUUAUUAGUUGUUUCUCACUGUCAGAUAUAUAUUAUAUAUAUAUACGUACGAUCAAUGUCUCAUACUCUUUUAUCUGCAUUUUUUAUAUGUAGUUUUAACACUUUGGACAGCGUUGUAUUAAUUUGCCCCCCACAUCAUGGCAUUGUUUUAUUUAAUUUCCCAAUAAAAUGUAAUCCAUUUGAUUAAAUAGACGUGCUUUUCAUUA